AUGACAACACCAAACAACGAUCGCACUAUCUUCUCUCGGCCCGAAGACUGGGAACGAUUCAACGCCGAACUCCAGACCAAAGCCGUAGCCUUUGACCUCUGGGAUUACAUCAAUCCAGAAGACAAGGUUGCUUGGCCGACACAGCCAGAAGAACCCUCAUACACCAAUUACCCGAAGAAGCUCGGCCGAGGAACGAGAACAUCAAGCUUGAUAACCGUCGGUGGAGAAGAAGAAUUGGUCGACCCGAAUGGAACGCCAACAAACACCAUAGAAAUGACACAGAUUGGGAGAUCGGCAUAUACCCAGGAUUGGAAUCACUACACCCACAAGAGCAGGGAAUACACAGAACAUCGGAAGAACGUCAAAUCCAUGACCGAUUGGAUGCUGAAUACCGUUCAACAACCAUACCGAGCAACAAUCUACAAGGCCACAAAAAAGAUCGACCAGUGGUAUAAGGAUCUCCAGGACAUUGGGGACGUAUAUACAUCCCGCCAGAAGCCGGAGGCUCGAAACCGAUACCGACGGGCGACGACACAUCUCACGAAGAUGCCGAAAGACCUGGGAGCAUGGAUAUCGCAAUGGGAAACUGCCGUUGCGUAUGCUAUAGAAAAGGGGAUGCCAGAAGCUAUCGAUUCAAAUUCAGUGGCCACAGAUCUGAUAGAUGCAUUAUCGUCAGUAAUGGGCGACUGGACGACAAGCUUCAGAAUGGGGCACAAGAAGGAAAUCAACGACGGCUCUAUCAGCUACAUAGAGAUGGCAGGGCUUCUGCGAGAAUACGCCAAAGACCAUCACCGAGCAACAGCACCACAGAUUGCCAAGGGCGUAUUCGCAGCUACCUAUGGAUAUGACGAAGAUGUGUCAAUAGAAGACACAAAAGAGCUUGAUUCCACCACUUCUGAUCCAUUGCCCCCAACAGACAAAACGAAGGGUCGAAAAGGAAACCAGGAGAGACCACGUGGACGCGGGACGAGAGGAGUUCGAACAGGCUCCAAGCGAAGACGAGCCGACACAGAAACGAAUCCAGAUGGGUCUAUCUACAAGGCGUGCCUAGGAUUUCACGAUAUAACCCAGUGUUAUUAUGUUAUUGACGGGAAGGCACCAGAACAUUGGCAUCCAAACGAAAGAUACCGGAAAGUUAUCAACCAGCGAAUCAAGGAAGAUAUUGCCCUCAAAGAACUGAUCAAAAGAAUUAACCGGAAGCCAACACCCGUCAAGCCCGAAUGA